AUGCAGCAGAUCAUUAAAAAGGAAGCUGCAGAAGAAGCUAUGAGGAUUGAUGGACAGCUCAACGAUCAGAACCUUCAUCACUUUAACCAGGUUCCCUUCUCGACUUCAUGCAAUUAUCUCAAUUGUUGCAGCCUGACAAUGUGCGAGAUCACAAAGCAAGGAUGUGUUUCAUUGGCUGAGGCACUGAAGGUAACCCCCUCCCAUCUUCAAGAGCUGGACCUGAGGUGGAACAAUCUGUCUGACGAGGGGGUUGAGAUCCUCUCGAAAGGACUGGCCAGCCCACACUGCAUCAUAAAAAUCCUCAAUCUGGAACACUGCGGAAUCACCAGUAAAGGAUGUGUUUCAUUGGCUGAGGCUCUCAGGUUAAACCUCUCCCAUCUUCAAGAGCUGGACCUGACCAGGAACGAUCUGUUGGAUGAAGGGGUCGAGAUCCUCUCAAAAGGACUGGCCAGCCCACACUGCAUCUUAAAAAUCCUCAAGCUGUCAUCAUGCAGCAUCACUCAGAAAGGAUGUGUUUUAUUGGCUGAGGCACUGAAGGUAACCUCCUCCUAUCUUCAAGAGCUCGACCUGAGCUGGAACUAUCUGUCGGAUGAAGGGGUUGAGAUCCUCUCGAAAGGACUGGCCAGCCCAAACUGCAUCAUAAAAGUCCUCAAUCUGGAACACUGCAGGAUCACCAGUAGAGGAUGUGUUUCAUUGGCUGAGGCACUGAAGGUAACCCCCUCCCAUCUUCAAGAGCUGGACCUGACCAAGAACAAUCUGUCGGAUGAAGGGGUUGAGAUCCUCUCGAAAGGACUGGCCAGCCCACACUGCAUCUUAAAAAUCCUUAACCUGACAAAGUGCGGAAUCACUCAGCGAGGAUGCAUUUCAUUGGCCAAGGCUCUCAAGUUAAACCCCUCCCAUCUUCAAGAGUUGAAUCUCGGGGCAAUUCGAAUAGAGAAAGAAGGAAAGAGGGUCUUAUUGGAGAUCAAGGAGGAUCCCAGCUAUAGCCUGGAGACUGUCAGAAGGGCGAGUCAUUCCAAAUGUUCAUUUUUAGAAGACGUCGAGUCCAUUAGGUCUCCUUCAGAUUUAGUUCGGUCUCAUGUACUCUCCGACGAUCGCAAGAGGACCGGGUGUCGGCGCUACGGGCAAAGCGGCCUCGCUCACAGAAUUCGGGGAGGUCGUCGUCGGGUUCUUUGCAGCCACAUAGAGGUGGAGUUCAAGGGGAAGGUCUACGACGUUCCCACCAAACUGCUGGCAGUUUUAUUCAUCCAUGCUCUCAAGUUAAACCCCUCCCAUCUUCAAGAGCUUGACUUGAGCGACAACAAUCUGUCAGACGAGGAGGUUGAGAUCCUUUCAAAAGGACUGGCCAGCCCACACUUCAUCUUAAAAGUCCUCAAGCUUUCAAAGUGCAACAUCCCGAAGCGAGGAGGCAUUUCGUUGGCCAAGGCUCUGAAGUUAAACCCCUCCCAUCUUCAACAGCUGAUUCUAGAAAGCAAUCGUAUCACAAAAGAAGGAAAGAGGGCAUUAGUAGACAUCCAAAAGGAUCCCAGCUAUUGCUCGAAGACUGUCAUAUACCUGAUCGACGGUCACAUCGCUCACAUGUUAACAUGGAGGAAAGAUGGAACUGCUGUUGGAAACACUGUCGCUGCCUCCAGUGCUCAGUUAAGACAGAGGGAACUGUUGUUGAACACGCUGAUGGAGCUGGGGGAGAAGGACUUCGAGCACUUCAGGUUCCACACGGACCUGCCUCAAAGUGUGCGUGAAAACACCCGCCAGGCGUACAUUGCUGACGAGCUGAUAAAGAGGCACGCCCAGAACACUCUGUACCAGACCAUCAUGCUUCUGGAGAAGAUCGGUAACAUCAAUUUGGCCGAGAAGCUGCGGAGCGACAUGCUGAAAAUAGAAGGUGCAGUCUUCUCCGUUCAUGAUGAUAAUCAGGUUAACCGAUUGAAGGGGGAGCUGCAAGACAACCUGCGGCAUUUAUACAGCCUGGCUUCCGAGGGCACCACCGAGCGCUGGCAGCAGCAGCCUCUGACGGAUGUCUACACGGAGCUGGACGUCACCUACGGAGCAGACGUCAGCCCCGACGAGCGGCACGAGGUCCUUCAGAUGGAGACGUGCACUGCGGCCAAGGAGUCUAUCCUGCCACGCGACAUUUUUAAAAGCCCUGACGGGACGCAGCGACUGAUACGCACACUUCUUACUGUCGGCUUUGCGGGAAUCGGAAAAACCUUCUUGGUUCGAAAGUUUGUGUUGGACUGGGCCAAUAGGAAAAGCAAUCAGGACGUGCGCUUCAUAUUUCCCUUCACCUUCCGCGAGUUGAACAUGGACAAAGGAAAAAGCUUCACGUUGGCCGAGCUUAUCCGACUCUACGUGUGGCACAUGAGCGAGGGGACGCUGAACAAAAUAUUUGCCGACCUGCAGAUGUCCGGGAGGCGGGACUACGAAAGCAGCAGGAUUAAGAUCUUGUUUGUCCUGGACGGACUGGAUGAGUGCUGCUUCAAAAUGGACUUAAAGAACCACACCAAAGUGGACAUGGAUUUGAAGAAGGCUUACCCGCUGGAGGAGCUCCUGGCCCACCUCAUCAAAGGGAACCUGCUUCCUUGCGCCCGGGUUUGGAUUACCACGCGGCCCGCAUCGGCCCGCGAUAUCCACUCCGACUUCAUCGACAGCCGAACAGAGGUGAGAGGAUUCACCGAUUCUCAGAGGUUGGAGUACUUCAGGAAAAGGUUCCCAAAUGAGGAGCGCGUCAUUGAGCACAUUCGGAAAUCUCGCACCAUCUUCAUCAUGUGCCACAUUCCCAUCUUCUGCUGGCUCACCGCAACAGUUCUUCAGCAUCAUUUGAACAAAGGGAAGAAGGGAGAGCUUCCCACAACGCUGACUGACAUGUACUCAGCAUUUUUAGGUCACCUACUGGAAAACUCCAAGGAGAGAAAUACAACGAAGUACAUCCUUGACGUGAAAGUGCUGGCCAAGCUGGCUUUUGACCACACCAUGAAUAAGUGUCAGAUCUUUUACGAGAAAGACCUGGCGGACAGUGGUUUUGAUUACAGCCAAGCUGCAAAAAACUCCGGAAUAUUCACUGAGGUCUUUAAGGAGGUCCAUCCGCUCAAAAGCAAGAAACAAAAGAUGUUUCAGUUUAUCCACCUGACCAUCCAGGAGUAUCUGGCUGCACUGUACGUAAAGAUGUGUUUCUUCCACGACAACAAGAACGUACUGGAUACAACAAGAUGGAAAAAAUUGUUCAUGCCUGUUAAGCGGAAGACAAUCACUGAGGUCCACAAGUCAGCUCUCCAGAGAGCCUCGGAAAGUGAAGGAAACCUGGAUAUGUUCCUCCGCUUCCUCGUUGGUCUUUCAUUGCAGUGCAACCAGGAAAUAGUGGGGGCACUGCUGAAGGUUCCUCAUGACUGGGAGCAAAGCAAGUCAAAGACAGUCAAGUUGAUACAGAAAAGGAUCAAACGAAACACUCCAGAAAAGAAUGUCAACUUGUUCUACUGCCUAAACGAGCUGAAGGACGACUCCUUGCUGAAGCAGAUCCAGCAGGAAUUAGCUUCAAGUCGUCUGUCCUGGCAUCAAAUGUCAAAUGACAUGUGGUCGGCUCUGGCCUUCUUCUUACUGACAGACACAGAAACCCUGAAGUCCUUUGAUCUUCGCCGCUACUCCCCAUCGCCUUUGGGACUCAAGAAGCUUCUGUUGGUGGUCAAGGCUUCUCAAAAAUCAGAUCUAAGUAAAUGUUGGCUUGACAAAGGCAGCUGUCACCUGCUGGCUUCCGUUCUCAGUUCUCCAUCCAAUCUGAGGCAUCUGGACCUGAGCUCCAACUACGACGUGUCGGACGAGGAAGUCGAGAUCCUCUCAAAAGGACUGGCUAGCCCACACUGCAACUUAGAAGUCCUCACGCUGUCACAGUGCGGGAUCACCAGUAAAGGAUGUGUUUCAUUGGCUGAGGCUCUCAAGGUAAGCCCCUCCCAUCUUCAAGAGCUGGACCUGAGGUUAAACAGCCUAUCGGACAAGGGGGUCGAGAUUCUCUCAAAAGGACUGGCCAGCCCACACUGCAUCUUAAAAAUCCUCAAGCUGUCAUGGUGCAGCAUCACGAAGAAAGGAUGUGUUUCAUUGGCUGAGGCACUGAAGGUAACCCCCUCCCAUCUUCAAGAGCUGGACCUGAGCUACAACGAUCUGUUGGACAAGGGGGUCGAGAUCCUUUCGAAAGGACUGGCCAGCCCAAACUGCAUCUUAAAAGUCCUCAAGCUGGGAAAGUGCAAGAUCACCAGUGAAGGAUGUGUUUCAUUGGCUGAGGCACUGAAGAUAACCCCCUCCCAUCUUCAAGAGCUGGACCUGAGCUUCAACAGAUUAUUGGACGAGGGGGUCGAGAUCCUCGCAAAAGGACUGGCCAGCCCAAACUGCAUCUUAAAAGUCCUCAAGCUGUCAGAGUGCGGGAUCGCAGAUAAAGGAUGCAUUUCAUUGGCCAAGGCUCUCAAGUUAAACCCCUCCCAUCUUCAAGAGUUGAAUCUCAGGGCCAAUCGAAUAGAGGAAAAAGGAAAGAGGGUCUUAUUGGACAUCGAGGAGGAUCCCAGCUAUAGCCUGAAGACUGUCAGAAGGAUGGCUCUGGACAGCGGAAGGAAGGAGCUGCUGUGGAACACGCUGAGGGAGCUGGGGGAGGACGACUUCGAGUCCUUCAGGUUCCACACGGACCUGCCUCAAAGCGUAUGUGAAAACCCCCGCCGGGCGUACAUUGCUAACGAGCUGAUAAAGAAGCACGGCGAGAACACUCUGGACCAGACCAUCAUGCUUCUGGAGAAGAUCGGUAACAACAAUUUGGCCGAGAAGCUGCGAAGCGACAUGGUGAAAAUAAAAGGCGCUGACUUCUCCGUCAACGAUGACGAUCAGAUUGCCAGAUUGAAGAGGGAGUUUCAAGCCAACCUGCGGCGUUUAUACAGCUUUGCUUCUGAGGGGAACACCGAGCGCUGGCAGCAGCAGCCACUGGAGGACGUCUACACGGAGUUGGACGUCACCUACGGGGCAGACGUCAGCCCAGACGGGCGGCAUGAGGUCCUCCAGAUGGAGACGUGUGCCGCCGCGGCCAAGCAGUCUAUCCUGCCGUGCGACAUCUUCAAAAGCCCUGACGGGAACCAGCGACCGAUACGCACGAUGCUCACCGUCGGCUUCGCGGGAAUAGGAAAAACCUUCCUGAUUCAAAAGUUUGUGUCGGACUGGGCCAGCGGUAAUACUAACCAGGACGUGGACUUCAUAUUUCCUUUCACCUUCCGCGAGUUAAACAUAGAGAAAGGGGAGAGCUUUACGUUGGCCAAACUGAUCCAAACCUUUGUCUGCGGAAACAGGCACAUGAGCGAGAGACUGAACAAUAUAUUUGACGACCUGCAAACUUCUGGGAAGCGGGACUUUGAAAGCAGCCGAAUCAAGAUCUUGUUUAUCCUCGACGGACUGGACGAGUGCAACUUCAAAAUCGACUUGAAGAAAGUAAGGAAAGUGGACAUGGACGUGAAGGAGACCUACCUGCUGGACGUACUGCUGGCGUAUCUCAUCAAAGGGAACCUGCUUCCGUGCGCCAGGGUUUGGAUAACCACACGGCCCGCGGCAGCCCACGAUAUCCCCUCCGACCUCAUCGACAGCAGAACAGAGGUGGGAGGAUUCAGCGAUUCCCGGAGGCUGGAGUACUUCAGGAAAAGGUUCCCAAAUGAGGAGCGUGUCAUUGAGCACAUUCGGAAAUCUCGCACCAUCUUCAUCAUGUGCCAUAUUCCCAUCUUCUGCUGGCUCACCGCCACAGUUCUUCAGGUUCAUUUGGACAAAGGGAAGGAGGGAGAGCUUCCCACAACGCUGACUGACAUGUACUCAGCGUUUGCUGGUCACCACCUGGAAAACUCCAAGGAGAGAAAUACAGCGGAGUACAUCCCUGACGUGAAAGCGCUCGCCAAGCUGGCCUUUGACCACACCAUGAAAAAGUGUCAGAUCUUCUAUGAGAAAGACCUGGAGGACAGCGGUUUUGAUUACAGCCAAGCUGCAAAACAUUCCGGUUUAUUCACGGAGGUCUUUAAGGAGGUCCAUCCGCUCAAAAGCAAGAAACAAAAGAUGUUUCAGUUUAUCCACCUGACCAUCCAGGAGUAUCUGGCCGCACUGUACGUAAUAAUGUGUUUCUUCCACGACAACAAGAACGUACUGGAUACAUCAAGAUGGAAAAAAUUGUUCAUGCCUGUUAAGCGGAAGACAAUCACUGAGGUCCACAAGUCAGCUCUCCAGAGAGCCUCGGAAAGUGAAGGAAACCUGGAUAUGUUCCUCCGCUUCCUCGUUGGUCUUUCAUUGCCGUGCAACCAGGAAAUAGUGGAGGCACUGCUGAAGGUUCCUCAUGACUGGGAGCAAAGCAAGUCAAAGACAGUCGAGUUGAUCAAGGAAAGGAUCAAUCGGAACACUCCAGAGACGAAUGUCAACUUGUUCUACUGCCUAAAUGAGCUGAAGGACGACUCCUUGCUGAAGCAGAUCCAAACAGAACUAGAUUCAGGACGUCUGUCCUGGCAUCAAAUGUCAAAUGACAUGUGGUCGGCUCUGGCCUUCUUCUUACUGACAGACGCAGAAACCCUGAAGUCCUUUAAUCUUCGCCGCUACUCCCCAUCGCCUUUGGGACUCAAGAAGCUGCUGUUGGUGGUCAAGGCUUCUCAAAAAUCAAAUCUAAGUCAAUGUCGCCUGGACAAAGGCAGCUGUCACCUGCUGGCUUCCGUUCUCAGUUCUCCAUCCAACCUGAGGCAUCUGGACCUGGGCAAUUUCAAUUUGCCGGUCCUGGACAGCGACAACGAUGUUUCGGAUGAGGGGGUGGAGAUCCUCUCAAAAGGACUGGCCAGCCCACACUGCAACUUAGAAGUCCUCAAUCUGCAAAAGUGCAAGAUCACCAGUAAAGGAUGUGUUUCAUUGGCUGAGGCUCUCAAGGUAACCCCCUCCCAUCUUCAAGAGCUGGAUCUGAGGUGGAACAAUCUGUCGGAUGAAGGGAUUGAGAUCCUCUCGAAAGGACUGGCCAGCCCACACUGCAUCUUAAAAGUCCUCAAGCUGUUCUGCUGCAGGAUCACCAGUAAAGGAUGUGUUUCAUUGGCUGAGGCACUCAAGUUAAACCCCUCCCAUCUUCAAGAGCUUGACCUGAGUGAGAACCAUUUGUCAAAUGAUGGGGUUGAGAUCCUCUUGAAAGGACUGGAGCAACUGCUGUUCUGCUGCAGGAUCACCAGUAAAGGAUGUGUUUCAUUGGCUGAGGCACUCAACUUAAACCCCUCCCAUCUUCAAGAGCUGGACCUGAGCUGGAACGAUCUGUCAGACGAGGGGGUUGGGAUCCUCUUGAAAGGACUGGCCAGCCCACACUGCAUUUUAAAGGUCCUCAACCUGAAAAACUGCGAGAUCACCAGUAAAGGAUGUGUUUCAUUGGCUGAGGCACUGAAGGUAACCCCCUCCCAUCUUCAAGAGCUGGACCUGAGCUACAACAAUCUGUCGGAUGAAGGGGUCGAGAUCCUCUCAAAAGGAUUGGCCAGCCCACACUGCAUCUUAAAAAUCCUUAACCUGUCACUGUGCGGGAUCGCAGAUAGAGGAGGCAUUUCAUUGGCCAAGGCUCUCAAGUUAAACCCCUCCUAUCUUCAAAUGUUAUUUCUCUUCAACAAUCGAAUAGAGGAAGAAGGAAAGAGGGUCUUAUUGGAGAUCAGGGAGGAUCCCAGUUAUAGCCUGAAGACUGUCGAAAGGAUGGCUCUGGACAGGAAGGAGCUGCUAUUGAACACGCUGAUGGAGCUGGGGGAGGAGGACUUCAUGAACUUUAAGUUGCUCACAGACCUGCCUAAAAGCGUACGUGAAAACCCCAGCCGGGCGUACAUUGCUGACGAGCUGAUAAAGAAUUACGGCAAGAACACUCUGGAUGAGACCGUCAAGAUUCUGGAGAAGAUCUGGAACAAAGAUUUGGCCCAGAACCUGCGCAGCGACAUGCUGAAAAUAAAAGGCGCAGACUUCUCCGUCCACGAUGACGUUCAGAUUGCCAGAUUGAAGAGGGAGCUCCAAGACAACCUGCGGCGUUCAUACAGGUUUGCUUCCGAGGGCAACACCGAGCGCUGGCAGCAGCAGCCCCUGGAGGACGUCUACACGCAGCUAGACGUCACCUGCGGGGCAGACGUCAGCCCAGACGGGCGGCAUGAGGUCCUCCAGAUGGAGACGUGUGCCGCGGCCAAGCAGUCCAUCCUGCCGUGCGACAUCUUCAAAAGCCCUGACGGGAACCGGCGACCGAUACGCACGAUGCUCACCGUGGGCUUCGCAGGAAUAGGAAAAACCUUCCUGAUUCAAAAGUUUUUGUCGGAUUGGGCCAGCGGUAAUACUAACCAGGACGUGGACUUCAUAUUUCCUUUCACCUUCCGCGAGUUAAACAUGGAGAAAGGGGAGAGCUUUACGUUGGCCGAGCUGAUCCAAACUUUUGUCUGCGGAAACAGGCACAUGAGCGAGAGACUGAACAAUAUAUUUGUCGACCUGCAAACUUCUGGGAAGCGGGAUUUUGAAAGCAGCCGAAUCAAGAUCUUGUUUAUCCUCGACGGACUGGACGAGUGCAACUUCAAAAUCGACUUGAAGAAAGUAAGGAAAGUGGACAUGGACGUGAGGGAAACCUACCCGCUGGAGGUAUUGCUGGCGUAUCUCAUCAAUGGGAACCUGCUUCCGUGCGCCAGGGUUUGGAUCACCACGCGGCCCGCGGCAGCCCGCGAUAUCCCCUCCGACCUCAUCGACAGCAGAACAGAGGUGAGAGGAUUUAGCGAUUCCCGGAGGCUGGAGUACUUCAGGAAAAGGUUCCCAAAUGAGGAGCGCGUCAUUGAGCACAUUCGAAAAUCUCGCACCAUCUUCAUCAUGUGCCACAUUCCCAUCUUCUGCUGGCUCACCGCCACAGUUCUUCAGGAUUAUUUGGACAAAGGGAAAAAGAGAGAGCUUCCCACAACGCUGACUGACAUGUACUCAGCGUUUAUAGGUCACCACCUGGAAAACGCCAAGGAGAGAAAUACAGCGGAGUACAUCCCUGACGUGAAAGCGCUCGCCAAGCUGGCCUUUGACCACACCAUGAAUAACUGUCAGAUCUUUUACGAGAAGGACCUGGCGGACAGCGGUUUUGAUUACGGCCAAGCUGCAAAACACUCCGGUUUAUUCACAGAGGUGUUUAAAGAGGUUCCUCCACUCAGGAGAAAAAAACAGAAGAUGUUUCAGUUUGUUCAUCUGACCAUACAGGAGUAUCUGGCAGCACUGUACGUGAUGAUGAGCCUCUUCCACGACAACAAGAACGUACUGGAUGAUUCAGGAUGGAAAAAAUUGUUCAAGCAGAAGACAAUCACUGAGGUCCACAAGUCAGCGCUCCAGAAAGCCUUGGAAAGUGAAGGAAACCUGGAUAUGUUUCUCCGCUUCCUCUUUGGCCUUUCCUUGCAGUGCAACCAGGAACUAGUGGGGGAACUCCUGAAGGCUCCUCAGAACAGCGGGCAAAGCAAGACAAAGACAGUCAAGUUGAUCAAGAAAAGGAUCAAACAGAACACUCCAGAGGAGAAUGUCAACUUGUUCUACUGCCUAAACGAGCUGAAGGACGACUCAUUGCUGAAGCAGAUCCAGCAGGAACUAGAUGCAGGACGUAUGUCCUUACAUAAAAUGUCAAAUGACAUGUUGUCGGCCUUGGCUUUCUUCUUACUUACGGACGACGAAACCAUGAAGUCCUUUAACCUGGGUGAAUACCUCCCAUUUCCUUUUGGGCUCGAGAAGCUGCUGUUGGUCGUCAAGGCUUCUCAAAAAUCAGUUCUUAGUGGAUGUUGGCUGAACAAAGGCAGCUGUCACCAGCUGGCUUCCGUUCUCAGUUCUCCAUCCAACCUGAGGCAUCUGGACCUGAGCUACAAUGACGAUCUGUCGGACGAGGGGGUGGAGAUCCUCUCAAAAGGACUGGCCAGUCCACACUGCAACUUAGAAUUCCUCAACCUGUCCUACUGUGAGAUCACCAGUAAAGGAUGUGUUUCAUUGGCUGAGGCUCUCAAGCUAAACCCCUCCCAUCUUCAAGAGCUGAACCUGAGCUUCAACGGCCUAUUGGACGAGGGGAUCGAGAUACUCUCAAAAGGACUGGCCAGCCCAAACUGCAUCUUAAAAGUCCUUAAGCUCUCAGGAUGCAAGAUAUCAAAGCAAGGAUGUGUCUCAUUGGCUGAGGCUCUCAAGUUAAACCCCUUCCGUCUUCGAGAGCUGUACUUACACGGUAACGAUCUGUCGGACGAGGGUGUUGAAAUCCUCUUGAAAGGACUGACCAGCCCACACUGCAUCUUAAAAGUCCUCAACCUUUCAGAGUGUAAGAUCACAAAGCGAGAAUGUGUUUCAUUGGCCGAGGCUCUCAAGUUAACCCCCUCCCAUCUUCAAGAGCUGAACCUGAGCUUCAAUGGCCUAUCGGACGAGGGGGUCGAGAUCCUCUCGAAAGGACUGGCCAGCCCACACUGCAUCUUAAAAGUCAUCGAGCUAAGAAAAUGCUUGAUCACAAAGCGAGGAUGUGUUUCAUUGGCUGAGGCUCUUAAGUUAAACCCCUCCCAUCAUCAAGAGCUGGACCUGAGCUACAACAAUCUGUCGGAUGAGGGGGUUGAGAUCCUCUCGAAAGGACUGGCCAGCCCACGCUGCAUCUUAAAAGUCCUCAAGCUGUCACAGUGCGAGAUUACGGCUAAAGGAUGCAUUCCUGUGGCUGAGGCUCUCAAGUUAAACCCGUCCCAUCUUCAAGAGUUGGACAUGAGGGACAACUCUCUGUCGGACGAAGGGGUUGAGAUCCUCUCGAAAGGACUGGCCAGCCCACACUGCAUCCUAAAAGUCCUCAACCUGUCAGAGUGUGAGAUCACUAGUAAAGGAUGUGUUUCAUUGGCUGAGGCUCUCAAGUUAAAUCCCUCCCAUCUUCAAGAGUUAUUUCUCAUCAACAAUCGAAUAGCGCAAGAAGAAAAGAGGGUCUUAUUGGAGAUCAAGGAGGAUCCCAGUUACAGCCUGAAGACUGUCCAAUUUAAAGAAGAGGAAUAAGAACAACGUUUGGUCCUUGGCGUGGCGAAAGGCGAGUCAUUCCAAAUGUUCAUUAUUAGAAGACGUUGACUCCAUUUGGGCUCCUUCGGAUUUAGUUCAGUCUCGUGUACUCUCAGACAUUUGCAAGAGGACCGGGUGUCGACGCUACGGGCAAAGCGGCCUCGCUCACAGAAUUCGAGGAGGUCGUCGUCGGGUUCUUUGCAGCGACACGGAGGUGGAGUUAAGGGGAAAAACUGCUGCCAGUGGUUUUCAUCCACUUGUACUGGGAGGGGCUGUCCAAAAGGAUUGGACUCUGAGCACCGUCAAUGGCGGCCAAUGAGUUCAAUAAGUACCCUUUAAAGGUUUGACUUAUAUUUUUCACAAAUUUAAAAGACAAUGUCAUACGUUCACUUAAAAUAGUUUUGCUCAUUUUGACAUCAAUGUUUUAAAUUUGAUCGUUUUCACUUCUUUGUGUAAAAUGUUUUGUAUGAGAACAUUAAAACCCAAACUUGAAAUAAAGGUUUUUAAAAAUCAUCUAACAAUUAAAAAU